AAAGCUAAGAUUCUUGCUGAUCGCGAGGGGACUCAGUACAUCGACGUCCUCCCUGAACCACCACUCGGCACAACAUGGAUCGGCGGCUACAGACUUGGUGGAGGCACUUUUGGCGAGGUCACCUUGUGGAUGAUGGUUGAUAAUGCAACAAACAAAGCGAUCAAACAUUGCGCCAUCAAGGAUAGCUUCGAGCCCCAAUCCCACUCUACUGAAGAGAAGGGUUUCUAUCGAGGCGUUUACCACCAGCUUGUUCGCAAAGGCCUCGACUUUGACGUCGAUCCAGAACGUGAUCUAGGAAACGCUCGCCGCGAAAUGAGGUUCUGCAAGGAAGCUUAUCUGCAGGGCAUCAUGACUGAGCCUAAAUCGAGCCAAGAGAUCUUUUCCGUGCCGUUAUGGGGUUACUCAAGACGAUUACCUAGUCUUCGAGGUUCCGAGUAUAAUCACUGGAGACUAUACAUGCCUUUGUAUGAUUACGGGACCAUGGAGUGGGUAAUACAUGCUCACAAGGAGUGCGGGAAAGGAAUACCAGAGCCCUUUAUCUGGCACACUCUCUACUGUUUGUUCAGCGGAGCUGUGCAAUUGCAAGAGCAGGCCCACAAACGCGAGGGAUCCACACCAUCAGACAUCAUUGUCGUUUUCGAUAUGAAACCUGCCAACAUAUUACUUGCCCCGCCCUCACAGAAGUCGACAUUUCCCAUCUAUCCUCGCCCUCACAUCGCUGAUCUCGGAGGCGGAUGUAAGUUCAACCCAUUUGACAAUCGCCAUGUAUCACCUGUGGAGCUGCUUGAUCCUAUGCCACGCAGUCGAGGCUGUCAAGUGGUAUUCCAAAGAGCAGCAUAUCCAAGGAGACUGAUAGUNCUGACUAGCGCUGAUGAUUUACUCAAUCGCGCAUGCCAACUACACUGCCAAACGACGACUGGCUUCGUACCACCGGAGCUGUUCGGACCCUCUGUAUACGAUAACCCCCAUACCGCUUAUAUGGGAUGCCAUGACUGGACGAACGUAUGGCAGAUUGCGAGAGUGGCCGAAGCAAUGAUGAAGUUGAAAUUGGGUUUUGACCCUAUCGAUUAUCGUCUUGGGAAGAAGCCCGAGGAAAUGGAACCCGAGAUCUUAAAUUGGCAGGGGAAGCUUCCUGGUCAGGAUUAUUCUGAGGACCUGAGACAUUUAUUGUCCAUCUGCUUGAAGUUUGAUUUGACAAAGCGACCGUCUUCGAAAAAUGCCUUGAGGGCCAUCACAAAGAGUUCCGUAUUUUUGCGGCACCGGGAGGGUAUGGACACUUUUGGCAAUGAUGCGUGGUUCGANGGAGCAACAACAAAAAUUCGACAAGAGGAAAGCUUCCGAGCCUCCGCCUUCAAACAAACCACCGACACCCGAAGAGACCGAGGCAGCGACCAAAAGCGGAAGCGCCUUGGAGAAGCACAUAGCUACCUGCGAGCAUGGGAGCCAGCCAAACGAGCAAAAUUCCUCGAGCUAGGAGUCCUUCCCGACGAACGGUUUGACCUCGAAUACCCCUACAAUGAUUUUUGGAGCACAGAUCCUUUGCCGAAAAGAGACGAGCGUGGUGAUCCG